AUGAAUGUUACUGAAAAAAUAUCACAAUUUCGUCUAGGUACUCUUAAUGUUCAUUUCUUUACUGACUCACAAGGACAAUCUAAUGUUCAUCGUCUUGCUCAAAUCAUAAAACCAAUGUCAUUCGAUCUACUUGCUAUUCAAGAAGCAAUUAAUAGUGAUCGACCAUCAGAUGAUGUCUCUGACAAGUAUUAUCAUUUUCAAUUACUUUCCGAUUUACUUCAGUUACCUUAUACUGCGUUUUGUUAUACUGCACAAGGAUUUGGUAAUGCAAUUCUUUCACGAUUUUCAUUAAAGAGUAACGUCAAUUAUAAUACAGAGAAAGUUGAAAAUCACUAUACACGUGGAAUGCUAGCAGUACAAAUCGAUCAUGAAUUCUUUAGUGAUAAUGAUGCUACAUUGUAUGUUACUCAUUUAGAUCAACUUAGUGAACAAGUACGUUUAAGACAGAUGAAACAAUUGGAAGAACAUGUACAUAAUUCGGGUGUUCAAUUGAUGGUAGGUGAUUUUAAUUCAUUAACAUUUGACGAUUAUUCCGAUGAUUAUUUUAAUGUUAACAUACAUGGUGUGCGUCAACAAAACUCAUGGGAAAAUCCAUUCAAUCUAGUAACAAACGAAAUGAAAACAAAUGGAUAUCAUGAUUGUUGGCGAGAAAUGAAUAAAGAAGCUAUUGAUAAUCAAACUAUUACAUGUAUAUAUAAGACACGAAUUGAUUAUAUUUGGAAAAGAGGAGAACUAAAAAAUGGAUGGAAAAUGGAGGAAUGUAAAAUUUUUUCAACUGAAAAUGCAACCGAUCAUAAUGGUGUCUUAGUUACUUUUAUAAAAACUAACUAA